UCUACACAUUGUCCAUGUUGGAUAGCCAAAUAACGUUGGGGCUUUUGCAGCUUUUUCUCUUGCUGGGCGGCUCCGGAUCUUCCCCGCUAAGUAAGCCUUGCGGGAAACACGAGGAGCGAGCCUGUUUGCCCUGCACUGAGCCUACAUGUUCGUAUCCCUACAUUAGUGAGCCAAACUGUCCUUUCUUGAAAAAAUGUCAACUGGGAUGCGGCUGUAAAUUUGGAUAUGUGCGCCACGAUCUUAGCAAACUGUGUAUUCCUGCCCGAAAGUGUCGGACCCCAGUGCAUCAAAUACCGAUUCCAUUCUUGUAAAGUAUCCUUUUUAGGAUACUUACAUUGAAACGGUAUUCAGUUAAUGAUAAUACCUAAAACAAGAUAAUAUUUUUGGGUAUUUUAAUACUUUCAAAUCUGAAACUAUAUAUUUAUAUUUGAAGUUUAUAUGUUCCUCUAUGUUUGGAAUUGAGAGUCAAAGUUCUGAUUCUAACUUUCCAUUGAAUUGAAAUUAAAUGAAAAUGUUUUUGCACUAAAUAAGAAAUAAAUCAAAUUGUAGAGUCUCA